UUGUGAUGCUAAACUGAUUUUGAGAGAGAGAGACUCGCGGUGAGAGAGGGAGAGGGAGAGAGAGAGGUUUGGAUUUCUGUUUGAACAGAUCUGAUCUGACCUUCCUUCAUCUCUGAGUUUUUAUCACUUUCUCCUCUCGGUAAACUUUGAAACUUUCUCUCCAGGCUCCAGCGCGGUAGUUUCGGGGUGUUUUUGGAGCCUGUCUGCCGGAGGAUCAGCGGCUCUCUGCGCUUCAGGAAUGCACUUUGCAGGAAGCUCAGCUCGUUUCUCGGACACCUCCUGCUUUCCCCUUUUUUUUUUUCCUCAGCGAGGAGUUAUAAAUGAAUGAAGGAAAUGCGUUCGUGAAGGACAGAUCGUUUUCUUCUCUCCGGUUCCCCGCUCCUCAGUCCGCCGGGCCGCAGCCGGGCUGAGGACAGAGGAGCUCGGAAUGAGCGCUCCCUGGCCGGGCAUGGAGAGCGGCGGCGGCCGGGCGGGGAUCCAGCAGCAGGCGGCGGCGGGCGGUGGAGGAGGCGGAGGCGACGGCUGGGUGCUGUUGGAGGCCCGGCUGCAAGGAGGAGCGCCGUGGGGCUUCACCCUGCAGGGUGGCCUGGAGCACGGAGAGCCGCUCAUCAUCUCUAAGGUUGAGGAGGGCGGUAAGGCAGACAGUUUGGAGCAGCCUCUGCUGGUGGGAGACGAGAUUAUCAUCAUUAAUGACGUUGAGCUGACUGGAUACCGACAGGAGGCCAUUGCUCUGGUCAAAGGGUCGCACAAGACUCUGAAGCUGACUGUCCGCAGGGAGUUUGAUUCAGGAUACACCAAGGAAUUUGGGACAUCACCUCCCUCGCUCCCUGCUCUUCCUCCUCCUUCUCCACCUCCUCUUUCUUCUUCACCACCACCACCACAACAACCAGCGCCAUCGCCGUCCCACCACAGCAGACCAUGUUCAGCAGGAGGAGUCCAACUACGCAUCAAGAACAGACGCCGUGAGCCAGCAUCUCGUCCUCACUCGUGGCAUUCAACAAAGCUCGGUGAAGGUCAGCAGGAGUCGGAGCAGAACGAGAUGGACACAAUGAGCAGCGCCUGGCACCACAGCUAUCACACCAGUGCCUCAACCACCGAUCUGUCCGGAGGUUUUGACUCUGGCGGCAGCUACCUGAGGAAGAGUCCGGACCAGUACAGCUCUAGGGGCAGCAUGGAGAGCCUGGACCCUCCCCAGCCCUCCCAGCUUCACUCCGGAGCUCAGCACCACCACCACCCGCUUGGCCAUCACGCCCACAGCGGACCCCACCCCGCCUACUCCUCCUGCCACCAGCUGUCCUCUGCCAGGUCCUCCAACAGCAUCGACCACUUCCACAGCAAACGAGACUCCGCCUAUUCUUCCUUCUCCACCAGUUCCAGUAUCCCAGAGUACCUUGCCUCCACCCCCUCCUUUAGCCCAGAACGCUCUUAUUCUCUAGAAACCGUCCCUCAGAGAGGUGGAGGAAGUGGAGAGAUGCAGCAGGCUGACAUACGUUACAUCCGGACAGUUUACGACGCCCAGCAGGUCCUGUCUCAAGAGCAUGAGCUAAGCUCCACCUCCUCUGCUUUGCUGCGCAACUGCGAUUCCAGAGGCGGCGGAGGGGCGAGGCCCGGGCUGAGCCGAGAUCUGCAAGGUUCACUGGGCGGGGUCUGUUACCGUGGCAGCAGCAGUGGCAGCAGCAGCAGCAGUAGCGGCAGCAGCAGCGGUGGUGUGCCAGCUUCCAACAGGCACAGCGUGGGUCCAAUAUGGGGCCCGGCAGCCAGCCGCAGCUCCUACGAGAGCCUGAAGGGGGCGCCGGCUCCACCAAGACGCAGCGACAGCUACGCAGCCAUCAGGAACCACGAGAGACCGAACUCCUGGUCCAGUCUAGAACACGCCCGGUCACUACGAUCUCUGCAGAAAGGUUCCUGGCAUCACUCCAGUGGCUCUGUGGCCUCAGGUCCAGCUAAAGGCUCAUACAGCACAGAGGGUCAGCUCCACACAGUGAUAGAGAAGAGUCCAGAGAGCAGCCCCACCACAAGGCCCCGGCAGGGUGGAGGCUUUCCCCAGCCUCCUCCACCUCCUCCUGAACCCUCCUCUGGACCUGCAGGCCCCACCCCGCAGUCCGGUCGGCUCAUUCUUCCCGCAAGUGUGUACCCCGUCCCCCAACUUGAGCCCCACUAUGCACAGAUGCCCAACUCCAACACUGGGCCUGGCUCCUCCGCAGUGUACCCCGCCCUCGCCAAGGAGAGCAGCCGACAGCAGCACCAGGGGCUGCAGGGAAUCAGAGGGAGGGAUGAAGGAGCAACAGAGGGGCAAAAGGACGGAAAGAUAUCAACUACAGAGAACGGACACCAAAAUAACAUUUCUUCUUCACCAUACCCGCACUCCUCUUAUUCAACAUCUGCCUCUUCACAGCUCAGGACUCAAGCACACGAGGCAGACAGGCCUCAACAGGAAGAGUCCAACCUUGGACACUACAAACCCCAACUGAAAAGUGCUGGAGGGCGAUCAGAGGGUCAGCCAGGUGCCCAAAGGCCCCGAAACCACCAGGAACCUCACAGUCAGCGCUUCCACGAGUCCAGUGCUCAUAAAAACCCUGGACCUCACAGCCAAAUGUUCCAAGAACAGACCCAAGAUUUCCAAAAUCCACACAUCCAGUUGACCCCUGGACCCAGGGCCCCAUCAUCACACGAGUGGAGGGACCCAUACACACCUGUCCAGUACAGGGAAACCAGGAGCAGAUCAGUGGACCAGAUCAGCAUUCAUCCAGACCCAGUGGCGUUCUCCAGGCCCGCCCAGGGCCAGAUACCACCUGCCCACUUACCUGCUCAACCUCAGCCUCAGGCUCCACCCACCCCCGCCUCCCAGACUUCUCCCCGUCACCUCAGUGACUCAGCAUCUCUGCAGUACCAGCACUGGGACCACAGAGACCGGGACAAGGACAGAGAGCACCCACUGACUCGUCUGGAGAUUGCCCUCGCCGAGGUCCAGCGAUGUGCCAGCUCUGACAGUAACCAUGGCAACAGUAGCUUUACCGAUGGCAGCCAGGGCCCUGCCCGCAGCCUCUCUGUCUUGGAGAAAGUCAGUCGUUUUGAGCGGCGGGAACGUGCGGGAAAGCAGCGUAGUCACAGCACAACCAACACACACAACAAAGCCACCCAUCUACGGACGACUGAGAAAGGUCGCAGCUCCACCUGUGGAGCAGACAACCUGAGGAGCAUGCUGGAGAGAAGCACCAACGGGACCAAAGCCCAAAGAACUCUGAGCUACAGAGGAGGCAGCAACGACCACAUGAGAUACAGGAUCCCAGCUGAUCCCAGUUCAGCCCUGCAGAGGAGUCGCAGCAGCUUCCAGCUCAGUGAACCCAAGGAGGGUGACAGCAGCAAAGACCUCCCCCGGAGACAGACCACACAGGAGAUGCUGGCCUCCAUGCAGGACACAUCCAACAAAUCUUACAGGGACACUUUGAAAGACGCCCAGUCCAAGGUCCUGCGGUCCACCUCCUUCAGACGGAGAGACCUCAGCUCCUCGGUCAGCCCUCCACCUUCAGCUCCUCCUCCCGUGUCCUCCUCCAGCAGCCAUCAGCCUCCACCCGUCCCUGCCAAGUAUCACUCCCUGGAGAAAAAAGGACCAAAAACCAUGCCUAAACCACAGGGCAUCGUCAUCGUGCCGCAGUCACUUCCACAGGUCGCGUCCCCUCACACCCCGAAGGAGCGGCACAUCGUUAGCCCGGAGGUGCGAGGCCCGAGCCCCCCAGCUCUCCCCAGCGUCCCGCCAGUUGGACCUCCUGCUCUGAUACGGAUCUGCGGCCGCAAGCGUUUGACAGCGGACCAGAAGAAGCGUUCAUACUCGGAGCCAGAGAACAUGAACGAGGUUGGGGUUUCAGAUGCUGAGACUGCUGCCCUCUUCAGGCGCGGAGGAGAGACCAGCGUGGCAGACCGGCGGAAGAUGUUUGAACUUGCAGCGAGUCGCAUCGGGGGCGAGGCUCCUCAGAGCGCCACGUCAAGGCCCGACCUACGGCAGCUUCAGCACGACGCUCUCGCCGAGUACGUGGAGAGGAAGAGAGGCGCGAAGAAAGACGACGGAGGACAGAGGAGUGGACCACGGCCUCGCAGUGCUUAUCUACAGCCUGACCAUAGCAACCAUACGGUCUCCCCCACUUACUCAGAAACCCUCAGCCUCUCCUCCGCCUCCAGCUUACUCUCCCUCCAGGACUCUGGCCCAGAUCGAAGUUUCUCUGGGGAGAGGCGUCUCUGCUCCACUCUUCCUCCUGGAGCCGACCUGCGGAACCACCAGUCCAACCUGUUCUACCCGGGCAGGGUGACGACUCCAAGGCCCCCAGCGCACCCAGCACCCAGUGCUCCUCCUGGUUCCUCUUCUGAGCCCCAGGCCAAGUUCCUGCAGGAUCUCACCCCUGAAGCAGGUCUCAGCAGACAGACUCAGUCUUUUAGCCGAGACCCAGGCCUGGGCCUCCAGCAGCGGGGCACGGAGCCACAGCUCAACCUGGGACUGUCUAAGCAGCUCAAUGGGGCUCUGCAGAGAGCCGGGUCAGAUCGCAGCGCCGGGAAGUCGGCUUCUGCUGAGGAUCUCCUGGAGCGAUUCGAGGAGAGACAAGCGACUCCUCAGCACUACCGCUCCCGCUCCUCCCCCACCAUGGAGACAGGAAACCAGGACUUCCCUCCAGGUGAUGUCAGGAUGUUUGACGUGUUCACCUCUGAACCUGGACGCUGCGCUCUAGCGAAGGACAGACCUGCAGACAUCCAGGUGUCAGGAGGUCUCGCCCGUCCUCAUCCAUCCCAGAACAGUCUGAACGCCGUCCAACCUCCUCAAGACCCAGGCUCCUCCCACACUCCGGUCACUCGUAGGGAGCGACAGAGGAGCAGCGAGCGCCAGCGAGCCCACAGCACCUCCACCUUGGCAGCUUCCGUGGGCCUGUCCUACCCCUUCUUCCCACCUGGGACUCAGGGUGGAGGCGGCACUGAGUGGAAAUCUAGUGAGAGGCUGAGCCUGGCAAACCUGGAUGCCAUCACCUUCCCAGGCAUCCCACAAACCAGCACGGGAGACGGUGAUGGCACUAAGGGUGCUGCCAUUAACACUACCGGCUUUGAUGAAACCCUGGUAACAGAGAGACAGACAAGACACAGUCUGAGUGACGCCACCAUAUUAGAAGACGCCGAGAAGGACAUGUACAGAGAGAGAGCCUACAGUUUAGAGAUGAGGGGAGGGAAUUCAGCAGAAAAGGACAAACAAGUUUCACCUGUGAGGCCAGCACCCCUGUCCCAGUCCCUGCUUACAGCCCCACCAAUCAGGAAGGACAGCGGGAACACCGUGUCGCCCCCUUCCUCGUCCUCCCAUAUGUCCAUCCGCCACCUGUCCUCGCUGCGGAUCUCUGAGUCCAGCUUCUUCAGCUCCAUUGACCAGCAGCAGCCAUCGGAAACAUCCACAGGCCCACCGCAGGACGACUUUGAUGAGGUCUUCCUCCAGAAUCCCGCCCCUCUGUCACCUCACUCACCAAUCAAAGAGACAAGCAUCAUGGAGGACUUCCCUCCUCCUCCCCCUCCCCACGAGCUGGAGCAAGAAAUUGGACACCUGCCUGUGGGAAGUCCUACUUCAGAAUUCUUAAACAACUCCAGGGUUCCCACCAGGAAGUCGUCCCUUCCAUCCCCUCCAGUGUCCCCCACCUCCUCUGUCUCACUUCCGCCUGUGCCCUCCGCCAUCACCUCCUUUACCACAACCGAGGACAGCCUAGCUCUUGAGUACCAGCCCCUGCCCAAGAGGGAAAAGACAGCCCAGGAGCUGCGAGUGGAGGCGCUGGCCCGGCAGCUGGUGUUGCAGGAUAGCUCUCUGGUGCCCCUCCUGGACACAUGGGGGGCUAAGUCCACUGUUGAGCUCAUGGAGGAGAUCUUUCCAAACAGCAGAUUAGUUGAUAAAUCACCGUGGCAGCACAGGAGCAGUAGACAGUUGGAUGACAGGAUCCAAGAUGGCACCUGUGAUUCUGCUCCUAGGGCAGGGAUGGAUGGAGGGACUGAGACAAAUGUGGACGAGGAAGACAAAGACCUCAAUAGCAGGAAGGUGGAGCUGUGUGAGGCUCUGAGGAGCAGCGUGGAAGCUCUGCAGCAGGAGAAGGAGGCUCUGAGUGAGGAGAUGAGGCAUCACCAGGCGCUGGGAGCGAAGAUCGAAUCGCUGGUACAGGAACACCUCAAAACCAACGAGAGGGACAAGUACAGCGUGUUUAUCGGAGAUCUGGAGAAAAUCGUGAACCUGCUGCUGUCUCUGUGCAGCCGACUGUCGAGGAUCGACAGGUCCCUGCUCGCUCUGAAGAGAGAGGAGCUGACGCAGGAGGGCACGGCGGAGGAGAGGGACUCCCUCCAUCACAAACGCUCUCUGCUCCUCCGUCAAACUGAAGACGCCUGGGAGCUGAAGGAGAACUUGGACCGGAGGCAGCGGGUGGUCCAUGCCAUCCUGUCAGGCUACCUCACCGAACCACAGCUCCAGGACUACCGCCACUUCGUCAGCACCAAACCCUCCCUCCUGAUUCGCCGACGGCACCUGGAGGACCUCAUACGACAGGGGGAGGAGCAGCUGACGCGGUUGGCCGAGAGCCUUCCGGUGGAGCUGGCGGAGGCUCACAGUUGGUCGAGGGCGUCUCCGUUCUCAUUGCCGGGCCCCACGUCCUGCUGUUCUCCAUUUCCGUCACUGCUCCCACAGUCUGUGAUUCCAGGUCCCGUCCACGCAGUCAGGUCCACCACUGUGACAUCACUGUGAUGUCACGGACAUGCCACUGGAUGGGAAACGAAAAACAGACGUUUGGCUCCCUAAAAACUCUCAGAGCUUGAGCAAUGCUUUGAAGUGAAGGUGGUGUAACAUGAAGGAGGAAGAGAACCUGAUGCAGGCGCCGUUCACACUUUGGAACUAUGCAGGAUUCGUACAUGAAGAAGAAAAGCCUUUAAUGUGCCUCAUUGUCACUCUGUUCACACCUGACUGUACGUGUUGCACCUCUGUUCACCUCAGCAUCAGCAAUCAGCACUGCAUGGACUCAGACCAGGACUGUCAGGUGUUUUCAAGUCAGAAGAUCCUAAGAAAGUUCACUGUCAAAUGCUUUAAAGGGCAAUUCUAGUGUUCCGGGUAUUUUACCUGCAGAUAUUCCCCCCCUAACCCUAACCCAAUCACACUGUAAUUGUCCUUAAACGACCCUGACGGUGCUUUCAGGAGCUUAAAACCUUCAGACGUUCCUCUUUAUUUCUAAUAAGCAAACGACGUGAGCAGGUGUCUUAUCUCUCAAAAACAAAACAUUAUCGUCUGUAAAAUAUUAUCACCUUGUCAGAGUUUUCAGAGAUCUUCACCAGCCCUGCUCAGCUCCCGCACGUGUACAGUAAACAAAUAAAUAAAUGAAUAAAUUAACACCAAAAUUGGAGGGGACACCGCAACAAACAGCUCUGUGCACAGAUCUUAAAGGGGAACUGCUUUGAGAAAACUGUUAUCGUCACUGUCACAUCAUACUGUAACACUACUACUGCCACUACUGUCUGUGUGUCUGGAGCCUGUAGCACUUUUAGCAGUUUGACUACUGUUUGCAGCAGAAUUUACACUGAAUCAUAAAAACUGUUCCGCUUCUUCCUCUUUUAAAGUUUUGAUUAAACAUUUGAUGUCCCAAAAAUGAAUAUUCCAGAUGAUUCUGAAGAUGGAAGAUAUUCAGAGUUUUGAAUUUUUGAUUUGAAGCUUUUUUUGUUUUGUUUUUUCUUUUAGGAUCCAAAUAUUUUAUGUUCCUGCAGUUCAGCGUUUCAGCAUUUUACUCGGGACACAACUGUAACAAUCACCUCAAAUAAUAACAGUAACAACAAAUUCACCAAACCUAAAGAAAGAUAUUUAAUUUAUGAUGACAUGAAACACAGAAAAUAAAGCCAGUCCCAGAUUUUAGAAGCUGGAGCAAAUAUUUUAAUUCAUAAAUAAUGUAAACAAUUACUCAGUCAUUGAAAAUACUCAUAAAUGUCUGGCUGGCUGUUUCAUGUGUGGUUAAAUGUCUGAAGAGACUGAUUAAAGUCCAGUUCUGAUCAAACUAUCCGUCAAAUAAAUGUUGCACAUUUUAACACUGAGAGCAAUUCAACACUACUAUUAGAAAACUCUGCAUUUCACAUCUCUUUCAGAAAAAUAUGAAGAACUUGAAAUUCUUCAUCUAAUGUGCCCGAAGGUUUUUAUCCAGUAAAAAUAGCAGCACUUUGUCAUCGUUUCACUGUCAGUCUGUCUCGUAAUUUUCUCCUCUGGAGCUACAGAAGACAAUUUACAUCUGUAUUCACAGACUCAGUAAAAUGAACCGUGAUGAGGUGGAGUUCCACUUCAUUGUUACUGAAACCGUCCUUCUCGCAGAUUACCGUAUUAACUUCUGGAAUUAGGAAGAUUUUCUUUUUUUCUGUGGUCGUGAAAAGUUAAUACUGACAAAAAAUGAUUGUUGGCACAACCAUGAAGUAUUUAUUUAUGUCAAAAUCCUAAACGUGGCAAAUUUGUGGUCAGACCAAGUGAAGUAAAUAGGAAAAGGAAAAAAGGAGCAACAUCCAACAUUCACGCUAUCAUGUUAAAAUAGUAAUUAAUUGGAAAUAAAUGUUGCACCACUUUCUUUUCUCUUACUCUGUUAAGUCACAAUCAUAAAAUAUAAUUUCUCACAACACAAUCAUUUUGUGACAUCAGGCUUGUUUAGUUUUUUUUUUUUUUCUUGUCAUUUUACCUUUAUUUGAUAAUACACUGUUGUCCACUCUGGGCUCCCAUAGUUUCUCCCACACUUCUUGGGUCAACUUCUUCAACUGCCAAUGAAAGAUCAGGUUUAUACACGUUUUAUUUUUGCCAUGUAGCAGGUGCCAUUUUUCUUUCUCUUUGGUUAAUUUUAUCCGGGGGACUCCAAAUGGCACAAAGAGUAUCUGUUCUACAGGGUCAAUAUUUAUUGUGUAAUUACCAGCUGCAGCGGUGUGUGGAAUCUAAACCACAAACAACUAAAGUACUGAUCAGCAGAGGAUUUGACCUGUUUUCACUCUUUGAGAGCACCUUCCUUUGAAAUAUUUUCCGAGCAUCACAGCACACAGUCUGCCAUAUGUCCUCAUUAAUAACCCAGAUUUUACUGUUUAGUAGUAUUUGUUUAAUUCUUGUCAUUUUUCAGAUGCACAACAGAAUAUCUCAGACAUUUCUUGGUUUAUUAUGGAAUGAAAUUCAAUUUUUUUUGUUUGUUUUUUGCUUUGAAGGAUGGAUGAUUGGAGAACAGCUCCUGGUUUUUGCAAAAUAAAUGUAUUUUUGAAAUGC